UCCAGUAUCAGAGGGAAAGAGAGAGGCUGAGCUCCAGUAUCAGAGGGAAAGAGAGAGGCUGAGCUCCAGUAUCAGAGGGACAGAGAGAGGCUGAGCUCCAGUAUCAGAGGGACAGAGAGAGGCUGAGCUCCAGUAUCAGAGGGACAGAGAGAGGCUGAGCUCCAGUAUCAGAGGGACAGAGAGAGGCUGAGCUCCAGUAUCAGAGGGACAGAGAGAGGCUGAGCUCCAGUAUCAGAGGGAAAGAGAGAGGCUGAGCUCCAGUAUCAGAGGGACAGAGAGAGGCUGAGCUCCAGUAUCAGAGGGACAGAGAGAGGCUGAGCUCCAGUAUCAGAGGGAAAGAGAGAGGCUGAACUCCAGUAUCAGAGGGAAAGAGAGAGGCUGAGCUCCAGUAUCAGAGGGAAAGAGAGAGGCUGAGCUCCAGUAUCAGAGGGAAAGAGAGAGGCUGAGCUCCAGUAUCAGAGGGACAGAGAGAGGCUGAGCUCCAGUAUCAGAGGGAAAGAGAGAGGCUGAGCUCCAGUAUCAGAGGGAAAGAGAGAGGCUGAACUCCAGUAUCAGAGGGACAGAGAGAGGCUGAGCUCCAGUAUCAGAGGGACAGAGAGAGGCUGAGCUCCAGUAUCAGGGACAGAGAGAGGCUGAGCUCCAGUAUCAGGGACAGAGAGAGGCUGAGCUCCAGUAUCAGAGGGACAGAGAGAGGCUGAGCUCCAGUAUCAGGGACAGAGAGAGGCUGAGCUCCAGUAUCAGAGGGACAGAGAGAGGCUGAGCUCCAGUAUCAGGGACAGAGAGAGGCUGAGGAUUUAGUUUCUCCGUCUCUGGGAUUCAUUAAUCAGUUUGGCUCAUUGGACAGGUCAGAGUCUGUUUGAAGGUGUUUUUUUAGCUACUGUAAUUGAGUACUGACGGUGUCUUCUGUGGAAGGUCCAAGUUACCUGAAGUAUCUACUCUAGCAAUGUUCAUCUCAAACCAAAUUCAUGCCUUUAGUUGUUGAAAAUGGUUUUAUUUUUGGCAAGGGAUAAUGGCCCUGGACCCCACUACCGGUUUUGGGCUGAACCCCUAAAUGUCUUCAAAUCCUAGAAACGCCCCUGGUUAUUGAACUCAACCUGCAGGAGCUUUGUUUGGGGGGGGGGCUGCGGACAAGGCUCUGACAGAUGGGUGUGUCUUGGUGGUGGCAAGGACACACCCACAUCAACACCCCCCCCCCAACCCUUACCUGUUUUAAAUGUCAGCUUCAAUUGGUUAGGGACGUCCCAAGGAUCCCGGAUAGCAAGGAUAGCGGACGGCAUCCCAGAGUCUUGGCAAACAUGCACCUUUAAAAAACUGUGUUGCCGGGUAAAUCAGUACUCUUUUAUACAGACGGUAUGCACCGGUUUUCAGACCCAUAUUAAGCCUAUUCCUGGGAUAAACAUGGAGGUUCUCUUAAAGUAUCAUUGCUCAGCAGGGACCACAGUAUGCGGACUCACAGAGAGAAAACACUACUUUAAAGUUACAGCGCCACCAUCUGGACUGGAAGCAGAACUGCUCUCACUCGUUCUGUAUAUGCUGUGUUCAAAUCAAAUGUAUUUAUUUAUAUAGCCCUUCGUACAUCAGCUGAUAUCUCAAAGUGCUGUACAGAAACCCAGCCUAAAACCCCAAACAGCAAGCAAUGCAGGUGUAGAAGCACUGUGGCUAGGAAAAACUCCCUAGAAAGGCCAAAACACCCCUAAAUGUUCCGUCAUGUUCUGAAGUACUGUCAGCUGGCUGGUGGGGGCAGUGAGGCUGGCAGGUAAAAUGAAAUCUGUUUUCUAGACACACACACACACACAAAGGCACCUGUCUGGAAUGUUCUGGUCUCUGAUUGGUUAACCAUAGAGAGAGAGAGAGCAACCUGACAAACUGUUCUUAGGUUUCUGAAUCUGAGCCACAAGGUUAGGUUAGGUUUCUGACUGAGAUAAUACCUGUGGAAAAGCAGACAGAGUUCUGGUUCAGUGAGGGAGAAGAUCAAUAUUCCGGAAGUCUCCACUCUGAAACCAACAGGGACAGGACACUAGAACAGCAGAACCAGCCAACCAGUGCAGCAAAAGCCUAUUCUACAGACAGGUCAGAACAGUACAGGACAUCCUAGAACAGACACUAGCAUUCUAGAACAGAACAGGGUAUUUUAGAACAGGAUAGGACACACUAGAAGAGGUACAGGACAUUCUAGAACUGGACAGAACACUCUCGAGGAUGAGGAACCUCCUGACCACCGAGAACCAGAACUGUUACCGGGAGCAGAUUGAGAAGGAGUGCUAUACCCGGCUGGCCUGGAAGAGCCGCUACGGACGAGACUACCCCACCAGUUUCGUCUCCCGCAGGGCCAAUGAGCAGAUAAGGCUGAGGCUCCCUGAGCUCCCCCUGACCACUAAGACCAUCCUGCCUCCUGUGUUAUCUACCCUGGAGAGGAGGAGAGAGGCUGCAGUGCCUAUGGACAGAUCACUGAGCGAGGCUCCCCUGAUGAGAGAAGUGACACCCCAGACCAAGGAAUCUCUCUACCAGGGUUUUUCCAAGGAGGGGAAGGGGCGUAGCCUGUACCUCCAUACACGCACCCAGAAAGGCCCAGAGGAGAAGUUUGACUACCCUCUACUGUCUUCCUGGGACUACGGAUGGAGACUGGGUGACUAUGGAAGAGACUACGGGUCGCCAGCCAAUGGGAGAUCAGGAGUCGUGAGGAACAAUUUUUACGCCAGGAAUGGAAUAUUCCAUUUUCCCUCCGAAACGGAUCGUCUUGGAUGACGAGCGAAAGGCUUCAGUUUUCAGCGGGUUUUAUACUUUACUCUUAAAUUCUCUCGAUAUUUGAUGAAGAUUAACUUUAAUUUGUUUUUCUGCUGUAUAAGCAUGCUAUCUCUGUUUGAUUUAUAACAAUAUAUAUUCUCUUCUAUAGGAUAUACAGAUGUGUGUUAGCUAUAAAUUAUGUUCAUAUGCAAUCCUUAUGAAAACACUGUUACUUUACGUAUACAAACUGUUAUAACUGUUGGAGAAAAUGUGUUAUAAUAUAUGUUUGGAUAAACGUUUUUCUAGUUA